AUUACCGUAUUUUUCGCUCCAUAAGACACACCUGACCAUAAGACAAGAGAUGACCAGAGACUUCAGACAUAGUACAGGAGAUGACGAGAGACUGCGGACUGCAGACAUAGUACAGGAGAUGACCAGAGACUGCGGACACAGUACAGGAGAUGACCAGAGACUGCGGACACAGUACAGGAGAUGACCAGAGACUGCGGACACAGUACAGGAGAUGACCAGAGACUGCAGACCUAGUACAGGAGAUGACCAGAGACUGCGGACACAGUACAGGAGAUGACCAGAGACUGCGG